AUGUCCCAAGAAGAAGACAGUGUCAUUGCGACGCUUACGGGCUUCUCGCUCAACAAUGUACUUUCCGGACUUGACCUACCAACUGGACCGGGGCUCUCAAACCAGCUUGGCAUCUCUGGGGUUCCAACAUUGAGCGAAAAGCAGAUCUACAAUGACCGCUGGGACGAUGACGGCGAUUCAGUGGUUGGCCCUGGAGAGGGAAAGGACUAUGAGGACGAAGUGGACAGGGAGCUUGCCGAAGAAGAGGAGGAAGAAGACGUCAGUAUGGUCAAAGCGGAGGUCCUGUCGCCCUCCAUUGGCGUCAGACAGAAGCGCAAACGUAUUGUUCGGCGGAUGGUGGAGCGUCCAAAGACCGUGUAUGAAAGGUUUCCGACAUUCGAGAAAGACAAGGUUUUGGAGUUCACCGAGCUUUUCAAGGGAGUCACGGUCCACAAAUCACUUCUUUCCAAGCGGCCUUUCACUGUUGAAUCGGUGUAUCCGAAGAAGAAGGAAGUGCCGAAGAACUUCCUUCAGGCUAUCGUCGGAGAUACUGAACGUCAAGUGGAAAGCAAACGAGUAGAACAAGUAGUCGCGGCUGGUGAUGUCGAGCAUGACCUCCGCCGAGCACUUCAGGCACGGACGUCGGACGGCUCUUCCGCAAUUCCCUUUGACGACCGCUCGUUUGAUCUUGUCAACAUCACCAACUGGGAGGAUAGGGUCAUUUGGGAACCGGAUGAGGACGUUGACGGCUCGCUAGGCUUACCUGACACCGAUCUCGCGAGGCCACUGAACAAGACGCUUGGGUCUGGGGUCUGGACCCAAAGCAUUAUUUGGGGUCCUCGCGAGCCCUUCCGGGACUUCACUCAGCUCGAGCUGCACGAGGAAGACACGACAACCAACCGAAGACAAUUCAAUAUCUCGAACGACCAAUUUUACGAGGUCUCCAAAGACGGCGGGCGCAUCGUGUACGGCAAACGUUCGGUCAGCUCGUUGUGGAACAUGCGUAUCCUGCGCAAAAACUGCAGUUGCCCUUCUACAAGACACGCCUGUCGAAACAGGAGGCGCGCUCCUUCCACCGCCCGCCCUACAGUUUCCCUCCAACAUCGAGAUACACUUCAGCAAGGUGCGGACGGCGAAGAAGAAGAAGACAAGGCCGGACGCAAGGUUGGAAAGGGCGGCGAUAUUGGCGAAGGUCUGCAUCGAACAGGCGAUCUCAGCCUGCGCGAUACGAGCAAUUUCGUCAUCUGGGAAUUCUCCGAGGAGCACCCGCCUAUCAUCUCCAACUUCGGUAUGGGUAGUAUUCUUGUGAACUACUAUCGCAAGAAGAGCGAGAAGGACGACCACAUACCGAAGAGCGAACUUGGCGAGCCGAUCGUGAUUGAGCCGCAAGAUGAAUCUCCGUUCAUGAAAUUCGGCUACGUGUAUCCCGGACAAACUGUACAGGCUCUGUACAAUAACCUGCUCCGAGCUCCUCUGUUCCGACAAAAACCCUACCCAACGGAUUUCCUCCUCAUUCGCACGACGGUCAAAGGCGAGGCCAAGUACUAUAUCCGCGAGAUCCCUCACCUGUUCGUCGUCGGGCAGACGUACCCUGUGACGGAAGUCCCGGGUCCACAUUCUCGGAAGAUCACCAACACCAUCAAGCUCCGUCUUCAGAUCAUAGCGUUCAAGCUACUGGAGAAGAGCACGGAGAAGCGCCUGAAGAUCUCGCGGCUCAUGAAGUAUUUCCCGGACCAGAACGAGCUGCAGAUGCGUCAGCGUCUGAAGGAGUUCAUGGAGUACCACCGGCGAGGGCCGCACCAAGGUUUCUGGCGGCUCAAGGGCAACUGGACGAUCCCCUCGGACACCGACAUGCUGAAGAUGGUCACCCCCGAACAGGUCGUCUUGUCGGAGAGCAUGCAGGUCGGCCAGCGGCAUCUCCAGGACUCCGGUUACAGUUACAACGGGGAGGUGGCGGAGGAAGACGAGGGCAACCUCUCCAUCGAGCAGCAGCUGGCGCCUUGGAUCACGACGAAGAACUUCCUGUUCGCCACACAGGCCAAGGCGAUGCUCAAGCUCCACGGUGAAGGCGACCCUACGGGCCGCGGCGAGGCGUUCAGCUUCAUCCGUGUCUCUAUGAAGGACAUCUUCGUCAAGGCGGGGGAGGACUACGAGCAGAAGCUUGCCGAGGCCGAGAACCGCCCCAAGUCGGCUCACCGCUACAACGUUGCCGAGCAGCAGCUGAUCUACAAGUCCGAGGUGGAGCGCAUCUGGAAGGCGCAGUUCGCCUCGCUCAGCCGCAAGGACGAGCCCGAGCUGACGAAGGAGGACGAGGAGGCGGUGCGGAGGGCCGAGGCCACGCCCUCGUCGCCCGUGUUCAGCCGCGGGUCGUCUCUCGCACUGCGUGAGGGCAGCCUCGGUCCGGCGGCGGAAGGGAAGCACGUCCUCCGCAUCAAGCGCGUCGUGAACGGCGAGGUGCGGCACGAGAUCGUACGCGACGCGGCGGUGAUCAACGCGUACGUGAAGAAGCGGCAGGCGAUCGAGGAGGAAAACACGAUCACAGACCUGCUCGCCCCGACCGGGGACGCAGACCGGGACAGGCGUGCGAUCAAGAGGAUCGAGGAGGAGCUUGCCCGGCGGAAGAAGAACCAGGAGCGGCGGCUCCACCGAAAGAACGCAAAGAUAGUCAAGGAGGGCGGGACGCCGCUGCAGCUCAACCGUCCAAUCAAACCCGACACCACGCGGCGCUGCGGGCACUGUGGGCAAAUGGGACACAUGAAAACGAACCGCAAAUGCCCCCGCUGGGCCGAGUUCAACUCCGGCAACCCCCCGCUGCCCGCUGCGGCCGUGCCGGGCGGGGCGUCGAGCCCGCCUGCGGGCACCGCGCCCGCGGCCUCGGGCACGCCUACGCUCCCAUCCGCAAGCUUCUCGCUCGGGGAUUCGCUCGGGAACUCGCUGCGGGCGCCGUCGUUCGCGGGCGCGCACGGGCCCUCCCCGCUCGCGACGAGCCCCCCAGUGAUGGCGAUGGAGCAGGACGAGGACGACGAGGACGACGAGGGAGACUCGGCGCCGGGCACGCCCGCGGGGAUGCCCAAGCUGAAGCUCAUGAUCGGGAAGAAGUGA